AUCAUUGCCAGUGCACGCACUAUGUACUACUGACCGGAGUCAACGUUCAACUGUGGGCGCAACGAGACGAUUCUUCUAUGUCUCUUGGAUGAGUGUUACUGGCAUUAUUCAGCAGGUCGUAAAUAGGUUGUAUAUCGUGUUUUACAGGUGUGCUAUGCCUGGCUAUGUAUCCACGGACAUUAUCCAGCGCAGCAGUGUCGAGACUGCUCCGUCGACUUCCACGUUCCACUUAGCAAUUGCAAGUUGUCCCAAAAGCUGUGAAAGCUCGUUUCCACUCAUUUCAGCUGAGGCCUCAGGCUUGGUUUAUAUUCCUGCGUCAUUCGAAAUUCCAGAUUGGUCGUCUCUGACGUGUGCGGUACGGCUACUGGCACAUCCUCUCACGUCUACCACGUACACGCUGUUUGUUCUUUGAACAAAAAUGACUGUCUCUACAUUCUCAGCGGCAGUGCAUAUUACUCCAACCGUCAUCAAGACCCUCUACACUCAUGGAAAACGGAAAGCGAAAAAGCUGAAGAAUGGAGAUGAGAAAGAAGAGGCCACUGAUGACAUUUUCUUUGACGAAGCAUUUCACAUCGUUCAAUCCUUCAUUCUUCUUGGAACAAAGAACACUGUGGAAUCUCUCCAAGCAUUUACAAAUACUCAUGUGCCUGCUCCACCUUGGACUGCUGUUAUCCCUGUGCGUGUCCCGUUGCAUUCAUGCAACCAGGCGGCAGACCUCUUGAUACAAUGGUUUGGACCCGAAGACCUCAAACGAGUUGUUGGAGGUGAAAGAUGGUGGCAAGUCCGUGGUUUAGACGGUAUCGAUGCUGAGUGGAUUGCUGAGAAGUCGCACUUGCGACCCGAGAGUGUUCACAUAGAUGCUGGGAGGAGGUACAGUGAAGAGGAAAGACUUCUAAUGUCGAUGGAGCAAUUAGAGACCACGAUGCUUUACAUUCAUGGAGGCGGAUACUAUUGGGGGUCCAUCAAUACACAUCGUUAUCAAAUCAUCAAAUACGCGCAUAAAACUCGGGGGCGUGCGUUUACCGUCAACUAUCGGAAGGCACCACAAUACCCAUGGCCAUGCCCCCUACAUGAUGUCCUCGCAGCAUAUCUCUACUUGAUUCAGCCACCUCAUGAUGCUGCCCAUAAACCCAUUCCUCCUUCAAAAAUCGUCUUCGCCGGCGAUUCGGCAGGUGGCGCACUAUGUCUCACAAUGCUCACUGUACUGCGAGAUCUGGGUCAACCGUUACCAGCGGGAGCGGUGCUCAUCAGCCCAUGGGUAGAUCUAACACACAGUUUUCCUAGUAUUCAUACAAACACGGCUACGGAUAUCAUACCUCCUCAUGAAUUCAUGAACAAACCCUCUGUAUUGUGGCCGGUGGAUCCAAUCAAGGAAGGCGGUCGCGUCGCCUGUGCACACUCCGAUUCACUGCUGAAGCCAUGUCGUGCGGAUAUUCCUGGUUACGAUAGUCAUGUUACAAGACACACUGCCCAGGUUCUGCCCACUGACGCUGAGAAGAAAUCUGAUUCUACGCCUGUUGGUUCCAAGCACCAAUUAUCAAGCAAUUCUACAUCAAGCAUUCCCCUGAAAUCCCAGCAAAAAUCAUCAUUUUUCGAUGGAGGGAAGUGUGAUUUCACUGGCAGAUGCCACGGCCUAACCUGGGACCAAAACAGAAACGGAAGUAAUAUGAUACCUAUGGAUGAGCUUGCUGUGAACAGGAGUUCGGUGUCAAUUCCUGAUCUAGAUGACAUUGAUUUUUGGCAGCCUAAGCCCCCGAAGGUGCUCAUGAAAAAUCCUGGAGAUGUUCCACUGGAAAUACGGUCGCAGAUACAGCACUAUGCUAUGACAGAGCAAUUGUCGCAUCCUCUAGUCUCACCUAUUCUUCAAGCCUCCUUAGGCAACCUCUGCCCGUUGUAUAUUUUGGCAGGCGAUGGAGAAGUGCUUCGCGACGAAAUAAUAUAUUUGGCGCACAAGGCAGCCAAUCCAGCUGAGUACCCUGUACGGGAGGGUGUAAUUAGAGACGGAUUGAGGCAGAAAGAGAAUGCGCAUAAAUUUUCUACGCCCACCAAAGUCCGUCUGCAAGUGUAUGAUGGAAUGUGUCAUGUUUUGACAGUCUUCACCUUCACCAGCAGUGCUGACUAUGCUUACAAUUCUAUUGCGGAAUUUGCGAAACAUGUCACUCAACGUUCGGGAGAGUACCUUGACCGAAAUCCGUUUCCCGUUCCACAGCCGAUGCCCGGGUCUGAUGUACCAUCGUGCGCCAUGAAUGACCGAUCGGGAGACAUAUUGAUGAUUCGUGAACGUGUAGACAUCCACGGUCGAGUUCGCUCCAUGGAACCGAAAGAGGAUAUUACAGCUCUACAAAUGAGGCCAUCAGAGAUUGGCAUCAUCAAGGAAGAGACUCUUUUCAAGUGGCUGGAAGGCCAAGAGGAGUGGGACAGGCGUUUCAAGUAUUGCGCAACCAAGGUUAUGAAGAACAGGAAAACAAUUGAAGCGAAUGCCAAGUCGAUUAUUAAGAAAGCAAGGCAACGAGGCCUCUCGCUGGCGGGAGAGAGCGAUGAUUUUGUUGAGAUGCCAAUAGUCGAGAGAUCGAAUGCUGUGUAUGGGGCUAUUCAAGAGGAUAGAAGAUGGGGGCCAUUAGACCUAGUGGACGAACAGCCACCACCUACAGCGAUUGCUGCAAGACGAGACACACGAGAAGCGCUUGCUCUGCUUAAGAAGAGCAUUUAUCACACGGCACCAGCAACCCACAAGACUAUUCCGAGAGUGAAAACAGUGGACGUUAUUCUCGCUGCUUUUGAUCCCAAUGAUGUCCCAUUCCGACAUCCUAGACAGUCGGUUUCAGAGCAGCAGGUGCGAACUGGAAUGCGAUAUAUUCACGGUAUGCGAAUGUGGCAGUUCAUUGUGAGUCGCUCUGGGCGUAAGGUUGCCGUGGAAGCUGUGGAAGACACGCGCCGCGUAGGAGAUGCACUUAUGGAGACUGGCGAUAAGGCUGCUAGUAAUGUGAACUUAGCCGCAGUAGGCAGCUGAGAAGAGUGCAGGGUUUGAUGAUCGUGUUGAGUAAUUAUUAACAGCGGACGUUUGUACUGGUCUGUAAAGACUUAUCGGAACUACAUAGAGGGACAACACAUGUUCGC